CUAUCUCAUUUUAUUUCGCCGACAGGUUUUAUGAUGGCUUGUCUGCUCUAUGUGUAGUAUCUCUAUGAUACAACGUGGUAUCUAGCCGACAAGUGAAGUAGAAAUUUUGUACAGUCGUGCCAAUCAUAUUUUUCUUAAGUUGGCAGAACUUGCUAUGUUGGAAGAACGCAUCACCAGAGUCACUAAGUGUGAAGUCUGCCACAGGAGCAGAGAAAAUUGUUAAAUUAUUUCAUACUCAAUUAAAAUUACCAAAUCUGCCACCAAAUAUCUCCAAUGGCUGGCAAGUCAUCUAAAGGAGCAGAAGAAUUAAACUUUGAUUAAAAUUUUCUUCUAUGAAAUAUUAAUAUCAUUGUAAAAAUAAAGUUAUGUCAACAGAGGAAUCAACGCCCCCAGCUAUGGACAUAGAUACGACCAGCGAUAAUACUUCGAUAGAUGACAAAAUUGAAGACUUUUGUGAAAAUCCAACUCGAGACGCACUAACGGAAGGUUUAAUGAGUUUAUUAAAACCUACGGUUGAUCAACUGGACGAAAGAAUUCGUGCUACUAGAAUCUGCCAAAUAGAAUUGAAGCAACGUAUUGAAUCAUUGUCAGACGUAUUAAAUAAAAUUAACGAAGCACUUCAAUGUCCAUUCGAGACUGAUUCUUACGUUAAGAAGUUAAUUAAUGCUAAACAAAAGAUAACCGUAGUAAGUAACAUUUUGCAAGUUACUCAAGAACGAAUAAAUAAGCUUCAUCAAGCUGUAGAAAAAAAUACCUCAAAGAGGAAAGCUUUAUUGGAUCAUAGUUCAAUAUAUAGUAGUAGUAGUAGUAGUACAACUCAUGUGGUGGAAGAGAAAGAAGUGGGAACGGAAAAUUAAACAUA